AUGCAGAUAGCAAAAAGCUGUUGUGGGCUACCUCUUGCAGUUGUCAUCAUAGCUGGAAUUCUUUCAACUACAGAACAAGAUGGUUGGAAAGAAUAUGCGGAAAGGCUAAGUACACGUAUUCUUAACGCAUCAGAUCAAUGCAAGCAUAUGUUAGAGUUGAGCUAUAGGCACAUACCAGAUUACUUGAAGCCUUGCCUUCUUUACUUUGUAGCAUUUCUACAAGGCCUAGAAAUUCCAAUGCAAAAGUUGAUCUGGUUGUGGAUCGCUGAAGGGCUCGUGCAACAAGUUGAGCACAAGGAACUAGAGGAGGUGGCAGAGGGCUACAUGAAUGAUCUAAUUGGCAGAAGCUUAGUCAUGGUUGCUAAGAAAACAUCUAUUGGUGGGAUUAAAACUUGUCGUGUACAUGAUUUGAUACAUGAGUUUUUGGCAACAAAAGGUAGAGUGGAGAAUUUUUUGCAGUUGCUGCAUGGCUAUGAUGGGCUUUAUACUUUUUGCGAGUCAUACAACACAAGAAGAUUGUGCAUAUACUCUAAGCAAGAGUAUUUUGAGAAGUCAAGGCUGUUUUGUCCCCAGAUACGUGGUCUAAUGUUCUUUCCUCAUGGUGAAGUGUACCCAAUACAACCCUGUGAUAGCUUCUUCAUUUUUAGAAUCUGCAAACUGCUAAAAGUGUUGGAUUUGGGAGAAGUUGUCUUUGGUGAACAUUUUCCCGCUGAAAUAGAGAUGCUUGUUGAGUUAAGGUACUUGGCCAUCGGAGGCAAGAUGCAAUCCAUCCCGUCAUCAAUAGCCAAGCUCUACAAUUUGAAAAUUUUUCUUGUGAAAGGAUUUAAAGUUACUAUUAUGUUGCCAGACACUAUCUGGAAUAUGACGAAUUUGAGGCAUAUAAGCGUGAAUUGGAGUAUGGGUAAAGUUAGUCUGGUGAAUGGCAUUCUUGAAAACAACUCUGUCCUAUAUAACUUGAGCAGUAUUUCCAAUAUAUUGCUUUAUCAUGGGCAGAGCAUGGAAAAGAUACUAAUGAAGUUCCCAAACAUCCGCAAGCUAAAAUUCCAUCUCUUUGUCUCAAAGGAUUGUGUUCCAUAUUGCAGUAGGAUAGUGAAAAUGGACCAUCUGAGUCGACUAGAAUCACUCAGUGUUACUCUUAUGUGGGCUCAAAAAUGUCGUCUUCAGUUUCACUUUCCAUCGAGUCUCAGAAAGUUGCAUCUCUUUUUCUUUUCGUGGAAUAUGAUUUCCAGAAUUUGGGAACUACCCAAUCUUGAGGUUCUGACAUUAUCGUCGGACAGCGCUGAUAAGGAGAGAACAUGGGAGAUACCAGUUGAAGUUGAAUUUCCCAACCUCAGAAUAUUACAUUUGCGUAGCUUGGGUAUCACCAGGUGGACAGGAUCAGGUGAUCAUUUUCCACGUCUUCAGAAAUUAAUAUUGCAGAGCUGUGGGAUGAAAGAAAUCCCUUCUUGUUUAGGGUCUACUUCAUCUCUUGAAAAGAUUGAAGUUUGCGGGUGUUCACCCUCGGUUGAAAGGUUAGUACGGGAGAUUCAGGAAGAACAAGAUACUGAAGACCUGCAGAUUGAUAUCCUCACCUCCUAG